GGUUUGGAUAAUUUAAAAUAAUUUCAAUUAGGUUUGAGCGAAUUUAAACAUUGAUUUUGAGAUACAUUUUUUUUUCCUUUUGGCAAAUAAGCUACCCGUUUGCAUCCCUGGUUCCUGUUCCUCCGGAAUCCCAAAUUGUCAUCAAGCAGAAGAUUUGUUGGGCCGAAGAUGACCUCCAAAAGACCGAAUUCGGCAGCAGUGGUGGCCGAAGCAGAUGACCUUUUGAUCGAAAUUCUCGCCCGACUACCCGUUAAACCGCUGCUCAAGUUCAAAUGUGUAUCCAAGCGAUGGCUGUCCCUGAUUUCAAAUCCCCAAUUGUCUUUCUCCCACUCUCAAUUUCACCGGGGACUGAAACCCUCGCCCACCGCUAUCUUGAUCAAUGACUUCUAUUAUUCCACUCCUGAUUUUAGAAUCAUCCCUCUAGAUCCAUCCGCAACACAAAAGGUUGAACUUUCCUUGGAUUUUCUGAACUUCCCUCGGAUCAGCAUUCUACAAUCUUGCAAUGGUUUGCUCCUCCUAUCUUCUAGCUUUUUGGUCAGCCCCAGCGAGAUGUUCCUGCCGGAUUAUGGCCGCUCGGUUCACCGUUCUAGCUCUGUGGUUACCGAAGAUGAUCGUGGCAUCGCAUAUUUACUCUGUAAUCCCACUACUAGACAAUUCAAGAAACUUUCUUUUCCUAGUCCUCUGAAGGAAAAAAUGAGAAUUCCUUAUCCUCUCCUUAAUUAUCAGCAUCGCGUGGUUUUUGUUUGCUUCGCUUUUGAUCCUAAACGAUCGCCAUACUACAAGAUCAUCGUCAUGAUCAAACUGAAUAAGAGUUUUGUUGAAAUUUAUAUAUAUUCAUCAGAGACUGAUACCUGGACUUCACGAACAACAGAUGUAACGGACCUGUGUAUGGAUAUCGAAUUCUCACCAAUCGGCUUUCAUAAUGGGUUCUAUUGUAAUGGCGCGAUUCAUUGGUACAGAAAAGUUGGACACCCAUCAGCGGUCUACUUUGAUCUUGAUAAUGAGAUCUUCAAGAAAAUGGCUUUACCUCCUGAGUUGGAUGUGUGGUACUUUGGAGAGUCUGAUGGCCAUUUGUAUGUUAUAGGUGGUCUCGUAGAUCUUUUUCUACCUUUAGAUUAUGUUGUUUUGGAGAUGGCAGCUGAUUAUUCUGAAUGGUUUGUGAGAUAUCAUAUUAAUCUUCAAUCCAUGAGAGAGGAAUCUUCUGAACUGAGCUGGAAGGUCUGUGAAGUAUUGAGCAUUAUUUGUGCCAAAGAUGAGAAGGAGUCUGUGGUAGUGGUGUUAGUGGAUGGUGUAGUGAUGAGCUACAAAGUUUCAGAUGGGACAUCCAAAAGAAUUUUUGAUCUAGAGUGGAAAUCCCUAUUUGUGGCGUGUACGCAAGACCAUACUAAUCCUUAUCAUCUACAUCUGCUGCAGCGAAAUUUUGAUUCUCAAGUCCGUAGACGAGGCUUUUAGUUGGUACUAGCUAUUGAUGCUAUUUCAAGUUGUGAAUGCCCUGAUUUGCUAUGCAUUUUGUUGCAACCGUAUAGUCUUGUAUUGUGUUUAACAUUUCUAGCAUGUUUAGCGAGUUAAAUCCAUGGUUAUUGGUUUGCGGCUUUGUCUUUUCUUUUUUGAUGCAGGGAUCAAGUUGCAACAGAUGGAUUCUUCCAGGUAGAGACUGAUUUUGCUAAAGGCUUCCAUGGACAAUGAUAUAGUAUGUGGUGAAUUGUGAUGAAGGGUUAAAUUCUCUGUGUUGAGUUUCAAAUAGCUGCGAAGUAAACCUGAGUUCAUGAACUUGUAAAUGUUUUGCAACUAUUCCUACUUCUUAUAUCAACUAAUACCUACUUCUUGAAAUUGUGAUGCCUUGUGGUUGUGUUCUCGUCUUCCUUCUCUAUUUGCUGAUUUGAAUCCCUUUUUUCAUCAUCAAUGUUCCCUUUCACUUCCUCUUUCUUGAUCCAGGAAAGAUGUGAGCUUCCGGACUCGCAUUCCAAUCUAUGCUAAUGGAAGUGAGAGGAAGAAUGGAAAGGAGACGUCAGUUUUGCUGGGAAGUGUGGAAUCCAAGUUGCUGCUUUAGUUGGUUAUCAAAUAAGCUUGGAGUUGGCUUUGGUUGGCUGUUUGAGGAGUUUUGGCAUUUAUCUGGGCAAACAUCAAUUUCAAAUAAUUAUUAGCUAUUCUAUUUACUAAAAUACUAUUAUUAUUAAAUCUCAUUUUAAAAUUUUCUUUUCAAA